UUAGCCCCGUAAUGCUCGUUCCACCGCAGUGCUAUUCACCGCUGCUUUAGUGUGUGGUAGCCCGGCUGAGCCCAGGACUCCGCUCCAUCCCCCCAAAUCUCUCCGAGUCGUCGAGCGAUGAGAGAACAACUCAAAGGCCAUGAGACACAAACGACCUGCUGGGAUCAUCCUAAAAUGACUGAGCUGUACCAGUCCUUAGCUGACCUGAACAAUGUCAGAUUCUCGGCUUACAGAACUGCCAUGAAACUUCGAAGACUGCAGAAAGCCCUCUGCUUGGAUCUACUGAGUCUGUCUGCCGCAUGUGAUGCCUUGGACCAGCACAACCUCAAACAGAAUGACCAGUCAAUGGAUAUCCUUCAGAUCAUUAACUGUUUGACCACCAUUUAUGAUCGACUGGAACAAGAGCACAAUAAUCUGGUCAACGUCUCGCUCUGUGUGGACAUGUGCCUCAACUGGCUGUUGAAUGUCUAUGACACGGGUCGAACAGGAAGGAUCCGUGUCUUGUCUUUUAAAACUGGUGUAGUUUCCCUGUGUAAAGCACAUUUGGAAGAUAAGUACCGAUACCUAUUCAAGCAGGUAGCAAGUUCUACUGGAUUCUGUGACCAGCGCCGACUGGGCCUUCUCCUGCAUGACUCCAUCCAGAUCCCACGACAGCUGGGCGAAGUUGCAUCGUUUGGUGGCAGUAACAUUGAACCUAGUGUUAGGAGCUGCUUCCAGUUUGCCAAUAACAAGCCAGAAAUUGAAGCAGCCCUGUUCUUGGAUUGGAUGAGGCUGGAACCACAGUCCAUGGUAUGGCUGCCAGUGUUGCACAGGGUGGCUGCUGCUGAAACUGCCAAACACCAAGCUAAGUGUAACAUCUGUAAGGAGUGUCCCAUUAUUGGAUUCAGGUACAGAAGCUUAAAGCACUUUAACUAUGACAUCUGCCAAAGCUGUUUCUUUUCUGGACGAGUGGCAAAAGGCCAUAAAAUGCACUAUCCAAUGGUGGAGUACUGUACACCGACAACUUCAGGAGAAGAUGUCCGCGACUUUGCCAAGGUACUGAAAAAUAAAUUCCGAACAAAACGGUAUUUUGCAAAACACCCAAGAAUGGGCUAUCUGCCUGUACAAACUGUCUUGGAGGGAGACAACAUGGAAACUCCUGUUACUCUGAUCAACUUCUGGCCAGUAGAUUCUGCGCCUGCCUCGUCCCCUCAGCUUUCACAUGAUGAUACUCAUUCACGUAUUGAGCAUUAUGCUAGCAGGCUAGCAGAAAUGGAGAACAGCAAUGGAUCUUACCUAAAUGACAGUAUUUCUCCUAAUGAGAGCAUAGAUGAUGAACAUUUGUUAAUCCAGCACUACUGCCAGAGUUUGAACCAGGAAUCCCCACUGAGCCAGCCUCGCAGUCCUGCCCAGAUUCUGAUUUCCCUGGAGAGUGAAGAAAGAGGUGAGCUAGAGAGAAUCCUAGCAGAUCUGGAGGAAGAAAACAGAAACCUGCAGGCUGAAUAUGACCGACUGAAGCAACAGCAUGAUAACAAAGGACUUUCUCCACUGCCAUCCCCACCUGAGAUGAUGCCCAUCUCCCCACAAAGUCCCCGUGAUGCUGAGCUCAUUGCAGAAGCCAAGCUGCUUCGACAGCACAAGGGCCGCCUGGAAGCCAGGAUGCAGAUUCUGGAGGAUCACAACAAGCAGCUGGAGUCACAGCUGCACAGGCUGAGGCAGCUGCUGGAACAGCCCCAGGCAGAUUCCAAGGUGAAUGGUACAACACUGUCUUCUCCUUCUACCUCCUUACAGAGGUCAGAUAGCAGUCAGCCAAUGCUUCUCCGCGUCGUCGGCAGCCAGACUUCAGAAACCAUGGGCGAGGAUGACCUGCUCAGCCCUCCCCAGGACACAAGCACAGGGUUGGAGGAAGUGAUGGAACAGCUUAACAAUUCCUUCCCAAGUACAAGAGGAAGAAAUGCCCCCGGAAAGCCAGUAAGAGAGGCCACAAUGUAGGGAGCCUUUUCCACAUGGCAGAUGACUUGGGCAGAGCAAUGGAAACCUUGGUUACAGUGAUGACUGAUGACAAGGCAUUAGAAUAGCAAGAUGUGUUUUACAACUUCAGGCGUCCCGCAUGGUUUUUAUAAAAUUCAUACAACAAAAAGGAUUAGACUGUAAGAGUUUACAAGAAAACAAAUCUAUAUUUUUGUGAAGAGUAGUGGUACUAUACUGUAGAUUUCAGUAGUUUCCUAAGGCUGUUAUUGUUUUGUUAACAAUGGCAGGUUUUACACGUCUAUGCAAUUGUACAAAAAUUAUAAGAAAACAACAUGUAAAAUCUUGAUAGCUAAAUAACUUGCCAUUUCUUUCUAUGGAACGCAUUUCGGGUUGUUUAAAAACAUUUAUAACAGUUAUAAAGAGAGAUUGUAAACUAAAGUGUGCUUUAUAAAAAAUAAUUGUUUAUAGAAACCCCCUUUAAAAAAAACAAACAAAAAAAUGGAGGCAAUGCAUUUAUUUAGUAUCAUUUCAGCUCUGUAACUGUACCAGAGAUGUAUUCAUGUUCUGUGUUCUUUUCCCUGCUUAUCAAAGGAAGUAUUUUCUGCAGCAACAUCAAAACAACUGACUUACCUUUCACUUUGUUUGUCUGACUAAGGUUGGCUUAAAAAAAAAAUCUUCCUAACUUCCAGCUGAGGUAGUUUUUCCACCUCUUUCCAGAUAAAAUUAAAGAUUACAUUAAUCAUCCAGCUAGUCUGCAAUAAUGAAAUGAAAGAGCACAUUACAUGACAAUGCUCUCUUCAGAGCUUGCAAAACUAAAUUGUAAAUCGAAUUAAUAUCCUAUACUCCAUCUGUUUCUUCUGCCGACUAAAAUCCUGAAUGUUGUAGUAAAGAAACAUAGGAAUUGCCUUACCGGAUUAAACCUUUGGACCUUAUUGUCCGGUAUCCUGCCUCUGGCAGCAGCCAGCACAUGAUGCUUCAGCAGAAGUUUGAUAUGCUUCCUCCCUACCCAUAAUGCCACCUCUCUGAGAUGCUGUAGGUGGAGGGAAGGAGAUUCCUUACUGACCCCCUGCUGGUGAUCAGUUUCUGCCUAGAAGCAUGAAGUGAUUGUUCAUAUAUCAUCAUAGAUUGCAUAGCUACCAGUGUUAUUAAUUAUCAUAAAGUUACCCAAUCUUUGGGGGGGGGGGAACACAUGCACAAUAUCUAUCUCAACCCCUUGUGGCAGCAAGUUCCAAGGAGUCACAGAGUUUAAAGCUUUGGGGGGGCAGUAUAAAAGAAUUACUACUGUUCCUGUAUGAUAAGCAGUUGAAAGUGCCACACUGUUCCAUGAAAUGUUCUUCAGCAAAACAAGGUUCUUCUCCCCCUCGUCCCCGUCCCCUCAAUAUUUGUUCUUCCCCAUUUUUUUCUGCAAGUAAUACCGCACAAUUCACAAUGACUUGAGAGAGGGAGAACAGAAAAUAGAUUAAACGGUUCAACAGCAACUCCUUAGGGUAGGUUGGGGUGUGAGGUGCUGUUAGCAAAAGCUUUACCAUUUCAUUUUCGUGUAUCAGCUUUUAAUUUCCUUUAAAAACAUAGAAAUACACCAUCUGACUUACAUUACUUUGCAAGGGUAAAAAUCUGUUACCUCUUCUUGUACGAAGUGUAAUUAAAAGUUGAGAGAGAGUUUCUUUUAUUUUGAAUGCUAGUUAACAUUGAACAUGGCUAGUCAUGCUAUUUCUACCUCACUUUGGUUUUGUGGUGUUCCUGACAAUUACAUACAGAUGUUACAUGUCACCACUUGUCCAUGGUGUGAACCGUCUCAUCAUUUAAUAUUAAUACAUUAAAAAUAAUAAUAAAAGAAACCCAGAUCACUUUCCUGAUAACAAGCUCUUUAAAUGCUUUAUUUACAGUGGGUACCCUGUUUACUUCUGACUGCCUUUCUUCAGGAAAGUUCAGAUCAAGAUAUAAGGGAAUGGAUUUGUUUUUCUUUCUUUCUUUUGUGCUUGUAAGUUAAACCUCUUUAAAAAAUCAGAGGUAAAAGGCUUGCACGAUUGUUUUCAUCAGGGUUUUAGUUUGGUUGGUUUUUACUUUCUAGACAUUAGUUUUGGAGUGAGUCUGUUAAAAAUAUUUAAAAAGUUGAGAGCUUUAUUGCUGGUUUUUUAGCAUAAUUUGGGAAUUAUUUCAUGUUCCUUAUAACCACAAAGUAUUAAACUGUAAAACAUAAUCAUUGUAACUGACUACAUAAAUAUCAUAUGGCAUGUUAUUUCAUUGUUACUCGGUACUGGUUUAUUACUUGGGUAUCAUAAAAUAUUGUGUUUUAACACCAACACUGUAACAUUUACUAAUUUUUUUAUAAACUUCAGUUUUACUACAUUUUUCACAACAUAUCAAAUUUCACCAAAUAUAUGCCUUACUAUUGUAUUAUAUACUGCUUUACUGUGUAUAUCAAUAAAGCACGCAAUUAUGUUAUUAA